AUGCAGAUUGUGCUACAGGAGUGCCUCUACGUGCCCGAGGGCCAGGCCAACCUCAUCGCCCUCGGUCGUCUGACCAGGGACAGCAGCGGCAGGCCAACGGGCCACUCGCAGCGUGAUGGCGCUGAUGGGCACUACGUGCGCUUCAGCCACGGAGCCGAGGUCAAGCUGAAGGAGCGCAGCAGCCUCCGGUGCUGGCCCAUUGUUGCUGUUGGUCCAUCCACGGCACACGGUCUCACCGCCGAUGCCUGCAAGCAACCACAGCAACCCGCAGCAGCUCCUGCAGCCCAGAGCAAAGCACACACACCAUCGAUGCAUGAGGUGCUUGGCCACCGCAACGACAACGACGUGCAGCAGUACUGCAAGCUGAUGGGCAUCGACGAUCGCAACGCCAUCAGCAGCAAGCAGUGUACAACGUGCGCAGUGACCAAGAGCACUCGUCACAGCGUCAGCAAGCACGCGGAGGGCACACAGGUGCCCGGCGAGCGCAUCCACGCCGACAUCGUCGACUGGACCGCGGACUCACCCACGGGCAAGCGCUACAGCCUCGUCAUCGUCGAUGAGGGCAGUAAGCUCUUACAUGCAGUCCACCUCAACGCCAAGAAGGACGCAGUUGCCGCGUUCCAGUCUUUCCUGCGCGAGACCAAGCUCCCCAUCUCGCCCACAACAACAGCACUCCAGACGGAUUCCGAUGCCAUCUUCCUCGGAGCUGACUUCCAGGCCAUCGUCAAGAAGCACCUGAAGCAGCACCAGCAGUCCCCGCCGUACACCCAGGCGCAGAACGGCAUCGUCGAGCGACAGGUGCGCACCCUCUCCGACAUGGUGCGAGCCAUGAUCACGGGUGCAGGCCUCGACGCAUCGUACUGGAGCCUCGCCUGCAACCACGCCCUGCACAUCCUCAACAACAUGCCUCGCCCUUCCCUCCACGGCAAGACACCGCUGCAAAUUGUCACGGGCUCGCUGCCCAAGCACGUGCCGCAGCUGCACAUCUUCGGGCAGCCGGCCGUCGUCCACAUCAGCACACAGCGCGGACGCCUGCAGCCCAAGGGUCGUCGAGGCAUCUACGUCGGCCACAACAGCAGCAGCAACAGCCACCUCGUCUACUUUGCAGACACAAACACUGUUGUGUCCUCCAUCCACGUCCGCUUCCUUUCCUUCUCCAAGGCCGAUACGGGAACAAGGAUGAAUGAACACAAGUGA